CAUUCGCCAACCACCUCACAAGGCUGAACAACACCAAUGCAUGCGCCAGUUACCGUCGCGACAACAACAUUAUCGUGGUCGUAGACCCAGACUUGCAAAUUUAUCACGAGCAUGUCCGACUCCACACGACGUCGCGGAGGUGGGGGAGUUGCACAAAGAGGUCUAUUUGUGGACGGCGUCUGGCACUGCGAUUGCACUCCUCGACAGCCAGCGAACCAUUUUGAAGUAAAGAAACAAGGCCCCAAUCAGGGCAAAUGGUUUCGCACAUGUCAGAAGCAGCAGAACGACAAGUCUCGGUGCAAGUUCUUCCUAUGGGACGGCGAUGCUCACCCACGUGAGGCAGCCGCUCUUGCAAACAACACUCGUACCGAGCCGUCACAUACAACCCCCAAAACACUGUCCAAGCGCCCAGUAUCUCCACCACCCUACACAAUUGAAUCAGGGCGUGGUGAAACGAGUCGAAAACGAGGUCGAGCUACCAGCAUCGACUUGGACGAUGAGUACGGCUUCGAAGCCACCGACGAGGCAUUCAAAAAUGAGCUAGACCAUGUUAUGACUGCAGUCGAAACACCAAGAAAGGCAGCCAGAACAGGCGAGUUGGCGACACCUUCGACAAAACGCACGCUGCCUUGGAAUCAGAUUGCGGCCAACGCCAAUGGAUUACAGACACCGCAGACAACUCGUACUGUACAAGCGGACCCUUUCUCCUCGAGACUGAGCAGAUCGCUACUCACUCCUUCUCGCCCAACUGACGCAGCGCAUUGGACUGCAACGCCCUCUUCGUCGCCUUAUGAGACGCCUACACCUAGUCGCUUCAAGGAUGUGGGACAGGAUGACCUCGUCCGUGAUGUCUUUGCCUUAUUGCACGACGCCAACAUCAAGCUUAGUAUAACGACAGAGAACGACCUUCACACUCUACUAUCGAAGCAUACAAAGGCUGCUGAAGCCCUUAAACGAGGACGCGACGUGACAAGAUCCACCAUCAAAGCUAGGGACGCAAAGAUCACCGAACUCAGCUACCGCAUCAGUACACUCGAAGCGGAACUAGAAGCAGCGGAAGCCACGGUCAAGCAUCUACAAUGGGAAGUUCAGAAUAAAGCGCAUACGAAUCCUUGAGAACGCCGUCGCUUGAAGAAAUUGCUUUCCCGCCCUUGCAAGGCUAGCUGUUCGACAGGCGCCAAUUCAUAACCUGGAUCCAACUCAUCCAGACCCUUGCCUGGCUUUCAGGAAAGUCAAGACGAGAAAAGCUCACAUCCACUGGCCCACUCUCACGCUGCAAAGCCAAUCUCGAUGCUAAUCCUGGAGGAUUGCUUUCUGUGGUACGAUGCGCGAACGCCAUAAAACUCUUCUUCAGGAGGUAGCUGUGAUUCUUCCCAUGAUUUGGUCGGUUCUGACAACCCGAAACUCCUCGAAAGCACGCAAUGAAGCCUUGUAAGCACGAAAUGCGAAAAUCAGAUAGCACCUCCCUCCUCAUGGCUAACAGGC